AUGACGCUACCUGAGAUACUCGAUGCCUCAUCUCUGGUCAACGGAGCUGCCAUUCUCUUAUCAUUCUUUGCCGGCUACAAAUACGCACAAAUUGUUGCUGAGCGCAACGGUGGAUCGAGGAAGGACGAAGGGUGCAGUCAAAUGGACAAGGAGUCUCCGAUAUUCCGGGACAAUGGCGAGUACAAGAUGAUUCUGGUGGUGCGGAAUGAUCUGAAGAUGGGAAAGGGAAAGAUAGCUGCACAGUGUGGACAUGCAGCUGUUGGUGCCUUCCAGACAGCCAUCAGACGAAUUCCCAGCAUCGUUCGCCGCUGGGAAAAUUCCGGAUGUGCCAAGAUUGCCGUCAAGGUGGACAGUGAGGAGGAACUCAUGCAAAUCCGACGAAAAGCUGACACUCUGAGGCUCAAUACAUGCCUCAUUCGUGAUGCUGGACGCACACAAAUUGAGCCAAAUAGCAAGACAGUUCUGGCCAUUGGACCAGCUGCAUGCCAGGAAGUGGAUCAAGUUACCGGGCAUUUGAAAUUGCUCUAAAUGCCAUAAAUUCUUUUAUAUUUCCUCAGAGUAAGGUUAUAUAAAUCCCGGAGUCAGGUAGAGUGGUCAAAAAAUAAUAAUAAUAAUAGAAGAGAAAAAAAGAUGGACUUACAGGAAAUUAAUAAAAAUGAUGCCUAAAACCAGAGAUCACCUUCAGCUUCACCCUCAUUGUUCUCCACAGUGGGCUCCUCCUUCGUGAUGGUCAAAAUCAAAUUGUUAUCCUCUUCGUCUGUGUCCGAAAUGGCCAGAUCAUCCUGAAUUGCCACACUUGGAUUGCUGACAAUUGCAGGUUCCUCCUCCGCAGCAGCAGCAGGAACAGGGACAGAAGCCAUGGGAGCUUCUGGCUGAACCUCUGCCGGCAACUGUGGAGGCCGCUGAGGUGCCAAAGAUGAACUCGAAGUCAUUCCCAGGAAAUCCGAAGGAUCAUAAUUGGGAUCGAGAUCAAUUGACUCAUCCUGCGGUUGAUUGUAAAAGCCAAUUCCGCUCAAUUGCACCAUCGCUUCAGCCGCUUGCUGACUAUCAUCAUCUCCAUGGACUCCUGCACAAAAAAUCCCCCCAACAAAAUAAAAUCCCUUUUCUCCUUCCCAAAAUGACAAAAACUUCCUCACCAAUUGAACUUCCUCCACCUCCGCCACUUAUUGCCGAUCCGCUGCGAUUGAGACCUUCUCCCUGAGCCAAAGUCUCCACAACACUCUCAUGGUCAUUGUCACUUCCGACCUCCUCGAAUUCCUCGUCAUCCGUGGAGAAUUGUAAAUCUUCCGUGAAGAAGAAAGAAAUGUUCAUUAGAAGCUCGUAAGGCUUUUUUAAUUCUUUUUAUUCCCAAUAAAUUGACUUUCAAGAGAUUUUUUUUUUAAAUUACAAAAUAAAACAUUAAUAUUCAACAGAUAAAUUUUUUAAAGAAAAAUCAAUGCAAUUUACGGCACAUCCCAUUAUAAAGUGUUGCAAGAAAAUCAUGCAUUUUUCUUUCACACAAUUCAACAUGGAAUUUUUACUUACAACAAUUUUUUGUACGAAUUAAUAAAAUGGAAAUAAACUUAUUUAUUUUACUUUUAAAA